AUGUCAAGAGAAAACAAAAGCAGCGAAAUCAUGGAAAAAGAGCACAGCAAUGAAAAGGGCUUAAGUGUUGCACAUAUUAUAAAGAACAACUGGAGCAGAAAAUUAGAAGAUGGAAGCAAUGAAAGCCUACCAAUGUUUAAACUCCAGCUGGAUGAAACAUGGAAAAACGGUGAUGGAUUCUGCAGAAGAAGCACAUUUGGGAAAAACAUCACAAAACUGAACAAAACCAUUAUGAUGAUCGGAGCCACAGGUGCAGGAAAAACCACUCUAAUUAACAACAUAAUCAACUACAUUCUGGGAGUGGAAUGGGAAGACGACUUCCGGUUUGUGCUUAUAGAUGAAGGGAAGCAGAAAUCCCAGGCUGAAAGUCAGACAUCACAGAUCACAGCAUAUCAGAUUAAUCACAUGGAUGGUUUCCGUGUUCCAUAUUCUCUGACCAUUGUGGACACACCAGGCUUCGGUGAUACCAGAGGAAUUUCACAUGACCAGAAAAUCACAAAGCAGAUUCAGGAUUUCUUUUCUGCCCGUGGAGGGAUCGACCGCAUUGAUGCCGUGUGUUUUGUAGUGCAGGCUUCGCUUGCUCGUCUGACACACACACAGAAAUACAUAUUUGACUCCAUUCUUUCCAUAUUUGGGAAGGAUAUUGCUGAAAACAUCAUUAUGAUGGUCACCUUUGCAGAUGGGAAAAAGCCUCCUGUUCUCGAGGCCAUCAAAGUCUCCCAGGUGCCCUGUUCUACAAAUGAAUCUGGAGAACCACUUCACUUCAAGUUCAACAACUCUGCUCUGUUUGCUUCUAAUAAUAAAAGUGAAGAGGAUGAGGAGUCUGAUUGUGAUAACUUUCAUCAGAUGUUCUGGAAUUUGGGAUUUUCUGGCAUGAGAAAAUUCUUCACAUCUCUUAACCAGAUGGAAACCAAGAGCUUGUCUCUGACACGGGAGGUCCUAAAAGAGCGGCAACAUCUAGAAGUGCAUGUGGAAGGCCUCCAGCCCCAGAUCAAUGCUGGUCUGACAAAACUGGAUGAAAUAAAGAAGACAAGAGCUGCUUUACAGCAACACAAGGCUGAAAUGGAUGCAAACAAGGAUUUUGAAUAUGAACUACAAGUAACUGUCCCAAAACAGAUUGAAAACAAAACAGGCAACUUUUUGACCAACUGCCAGACUUGUCACUUUACAUGUCAUGAUGCAUGUUUGACCAACUGCCAGAUUUGUCACUACACAUGUCAUUAUCCAUGUGCUUUUUCAGAUGACAAGGAUAAAUAUUACUGCUGUGCGAUGAAAGAUGGAAAGUGUAAGAUCUGUCCAGGAAAGUGUGCAUGGAAUGUGCACUUCAAUCAAAAAUACAAAUGGGAUUAUGUCACAGAAAAGAGAAAGGAAACCUAUCAUGAUUUAAAAAAGCGAUUUGAGGCUGCACAUGGACAGGUCAUGUCAAAAGAAAAGAUCUUUGAAGAGCUUGAAAAGGAGCUUAAGGUUGUUCAGGGUAUUGUUGCUGGAUUAAUUAAAAAAUCUCAAAAGUCCUUGGAGCGGCUGCAGGAAAUUGCUCUCAAGCCCAAUCCUCUUUCCACCCCUGACUACAUUGAUCUGAUGAUUGAGUCUGAGAAACAAGAGGCCAAGCCAGGAUUUCAAGAUCGCAUUCAGUCUUUAAUGGAAGUCAGGAAGAAGGCAGAGAUCAUCAGUAAGGUUUCUACAGGAGGAGUGCUUCCAGAGGAAUGGAAUGCAUAUACAUCCCAGAAAGAUCAAACUUUUGAGCCAAGCAUCUUCUGCAGGAUGCAGGAAAGUUUAAGGAAAUGGCUCAAAUGA